UCUGCUGAUAAAGCCAUGAGCCCCCUGGGGUGGGGGCUUUUGCUCAGUUGCCUGGGCUGUGGAAUCCUGCCUGGAGCCUGGGCACAGUUCCCCAGGGUCUGCAUGACCGUGAACAACCUGGUGAGCAAGGAGUGCUGCCCGCCACUGGGUGAGGACCCGGACAACAUCUGUGGCUAUCUGGAGGGCCGGGGCCAGUGCGUGGAGGUGCAAGCUGACACCAGGCCCUGGAGUGGUCCUUACAUCCUACGGAACCAGGAUGACCGAGAAUGGUGGCCAAGGAAGUUCUUCCACCGGACCUGCAGAUGCAGAGGACAUUUUUAUGGGUACCACUGUGGAUUCUGCAGGUUUGGCUGGACCGGCCACGAUUGCAAUGAAAGGAAACCCCUGGUUGUUCGGAAGAAUAUCCAUUCCUUGACUCUUCAGGAGAGAGAGCAGUUCUUGGACGCCUUAGACCUCGCAAAGAACACCACACACCCUGACUAUGUGAUCACCACACAACACUGGCUCGGCCUCCUGGGGCCCAACGGGACCCAGCCACAGAUCGCGAACUCCAGCAUUUAUGAUUUCUUUGUGUGGCUCCAUUAUUACUCUGUGAGAGAUACAUUAUUAGGACCAGGGCGCCCAUACAAGGCCAUAGACUUCUCACACCAAGGACCCGCCUUCGUUACCUGGCACCGGUACCAUUUGCUGUGGCUGGAAAGGGAUCUCCAGCGCCUUAUUGGCAAUGAGUCCUUUGCUUUGCCCUACUGGAACUUUGCCACUGGAAAGAACGAAUGUGACGUGUGCACAGACCAGCUGUUUGGGGCAGCAAGACAAGAUGAUCCAACUCUAAUUAGCCGGAACUCAAGAUUCUCCAGCUGGGAAGUUAUCUGUGAUAGCCUAGAUGAUUAUAACCGCCGGGUCACCCUGUGUAACGGAACCUCCGAAGGUCUGUUGAGAAGAAAUCAAGUGGGAAGAAACAGUGAGAAAUUGCCAACUUUAAAAGACGUGCAAGAUUGUCUGUCUCUCAAGAAGUUUGACAAUCCCCCUUUCUUCCAGAACUCUACCUUCAGCUUCAGGAAUGCCCUGGAAGGGUUUGAUAAAGCAAACGGGAUCCUGGACUCUCAAAUGAUGAGCCUGCAUAACUUGGUUCAUUCCUUCUUGAACGGGACAAGCGCUUUGCCACACUCUGCUGCCAAUGAUCCCAUUUUUGUGGUACUUCAUUCCUUUACUGAUGCCAUUUUUGAUGAGUGGAUGAAAAGAUCCAAUCCUCCUGUGGAUGCCUGGCCUCAGGAACUGGCGCCCAUUGGCCACAAUCGGAUGUACAACAUGGUUCCUUUCUUCCCUCCCGUGACUAAUGUGGAAUUCUUUUUAACUGCAGACCAACUUGGCUACAGCUAUGCCAUCGAUCUACCAGUUGAAGAAACUCCAGGUUGGUCCACAACCCUCUUGGUGGUUAUGGGAAUGUUGGUGGCUCUGGUUGGCCUUUUUGUGCUGCUGUUUUUCCUUCAGUAUAGAAGACUUCGAAAAGGCUACACACCCCUAGUGGAGACACAUUUAAGCAACAAGAAGUACACAGAAGAAGCCUAGAGAGCUCACGCCUUUCCCUAGAGAAGCGGCCAUAGGACCCUGCUGAUGUACAAACGAAUCCUCGCUGUCCCUCCUUUAGUUGAAGAUGUUUGACACGGUUCUUCCUAUUGUAGUGAUUAUCCCAAACACAGAAGACACUUAG